AUGAAGGCAAAUCGAUUUAUUAUCCAUAAUCCUACCAUUGAAUCUUACCAAUUGGAAGAGUAUUACAAUCAUUUCAAAAGGAUGGAGGAGAUCGAUAAAGAAAAAAUGAAUAUUUAUAAAAGUAUAGAGUCCAAUAAGUCGGCAUCUAAUUACAGAUUUCUUAUGUUACAACAAACAUCCAAAUUUAAUAAACAACAAUAAUAGAAUGCUCAAGAUCGUCUUCAAAAAUUACUUGAUAAUAAAAUCGAAAGGAUAAAAGUGAGAGAUAAUCCAUAUGUCAAUUAAACUAGAUUAAGAGGUAUAUCUUAAGUUGAUCUAAAAAGUCCAAACAUUAGUUUCAAUAGUUCUUUAGAGAAUCUCAACUUAAUUAAAAAGCUCUAAACUCUUAAACCCAACAUCUCUAAAAAAGAUCUGGAUUGCCAUUAUGAGAAAUAAAAGGAAUAUGGGAGUAGACUAAGAAAACUACCCAAACUUCCAGAUUUAGACAAAAAGAAUCACUAUUUUUUUUGA